AUGCAGUUUCUAUCAGCAAGGUCAUUGCUUUAUAUCCGUGUUUUGUUAUUGUUGGUGAUAUCGUUUUUAUUGAUUACUGAUCCUCAAAGUCUAACCGAUGCUAAUUUCACAAUCCUUCUUGCCCAAGCAAUGGAACUUCCAUUUGCCCAAGUCAGUGACACCAAUCCUCUUUUAGGUAUUCUUUCUAUUGUGUUUGGCGUGCAGGCAAUAUCUGAUUUGAUACCUCUUUUGGCUGAAAAUAUUGAGUAUUUUGAAACGAUUACUCCCACCAGACUUAUUUUCUUUUUCGGUCUCGGAGCUUAUACUUAUCUUUCAUCUAAUUCUAUAAUUGCUAAUAGUUUAGUUUUUGUUUAUGCUUUUUUCGAAAUCUGGUUUAACUUUUUGAUUUUCAAUAACUUAAGAGACGAAAAGUACUACAGAUUGAAAAAAUUUGUCGAAGAACAUGCUGAUGAGAUUCAACAAGAAGCCGGUGAUCAAGUAAGAGUUGUUGAAGUUGAAUAA